UCUCUCUCUCUCUGUCUCUGCUCAGUGAUUGUUUUUCUUUUUUUUUUUUUGUAUAUAUUGAUGUAUAUUUAAGGCAGAGCCCAGUAGAAACCGCUCCUGCCCUGAAGAAAUCCGACGGGUGGGUUGAGAAAUCCGUGCGCGGUGGCUGCUAGAAAGAUUGCAACUUUUCGUUCGUCCGAACGUUUUCCUCUUCACCCUCGUUCUUUCCAAGAGAGAAUAGAUAAGCUCCUCUCUCUCUCUCUCUCUCUCUCUGUUCCUUGUUGGUUGCUCUGUUGCUGACCCUCUCAAUGGCAGAGGACUGUACUGUCGGCCACUUUAGUGAUGAGAUUUCGUGAGAAAAUGGAAGAAUUCAAGGGAAUUUGAUGAGUUGGUUGCUUGAUUUCUUCUUUAUGUCCGUUAUUUUCAAGUAAAAAAAUGGGUCUUGGCUCUUCCUGACCUGCGGGCGGUUUCCCGUUAACAUUGUUCCUUUUGAGUGUAUUUUUCCAAAAUUUGGAGGAAUUCAUGGUUUUUAUCUGAAUAUUACUCCUUUUUCGCUUCUAGUAACCCGAUCGUUGGCCUCUAAUACAUUCAAAACCGGUUCUUUUCUUGAAUUCUGACCCAAAGUUUCGAUUUUUCUUCGAUUUUUAUAUGGAGGAGAUGAUCCGUUCGUCUCUCUUCUCAUCUUUCUUAUCCGAAGAGAGUUCUAGAAAAGCUGAGGAGCUCGUGAUAUUUGGUUGCGGAGCUCCUUUCUGAUGUGGUUUUCUCCUUGCGAGCCCGUGAGCGAUCCCUUUUCCCAUAGUCGGAGCUCCCCAAAAGUUCCCCCUGGUCCGGGAGUCUAAAUUUCCAAAGAAAUGGGUCCUUUGCAGUCCAUUGAUGGUGUGGUGGAGGAGAUCAUGAGGAUCCACCGAUCUCUGCCGCCGCGGCCGGGCAUUGACGAGGUCGACGCGGCGAUGGCCUUGGUCCGCAACGUGGACAAGGAGGAGCAGGCCCGCAUCGAUACCAUAUCUAAGCAGAAGAAGGGAUUCGAGAUCCCCGAGGAGCUCUUCUUUGUGCUCCAGGAGAUGCAGAAGAAUCUGGUCUACUUUCAGGGCAAAGAGCAGAAGAGGGAGGCUCUGAAGCUGCUUGAUCUGGAGAACACCCACGUGUUGUUCGACGACUUGAUUCAGAGGGCCUCCAAGUGCCUUCCUUCCAGCUCAAAUGGGUUGGCGCCGUCGAUUUCCGCGAACCCAGCCAAAGCUACUGCAGCCAGCUCCAAGACUAGCUUCGAUACUAAUACCACUGCUUCAGCUGUAGUUCACUCGGAGAAAAGGGUCGGAAGGAGCUUCGAGGGUCUUAGUAGAGAUGACAGUUGCUUGAAGAAAGCAAAGUCCACAAUGUAUGCUGAGGGAUUUGGCGGUGGUGAUCCUCGCGUAUUGCAACGGUUGUUGCAGAAUCCUACAACUAGGCCUGAGGCUACUUUUGAUAGUGAGAAACUGAGUCUUAUUAAACUAGCUAGCUUGAUAGAGGUCUCUGCAAAGAAAGGCACCCGAGAUCUAAACCUUCAGAACAAGCUUAUGGAUCAAAUUGACUGGUUACCUGAUUCGAUUGGGAAGCUUUCUGGUCUGGUCACUCUUGAUCUUUCAGAAAAUCGAAUUGUUGUUUUGCCAGCUACUGUUGGUGCUCUUUCUUCUUUAAAAAGAUUGGACCUUCACUCAAAUCGGAUAGCUGAGCUUCCUAACUCUAUUGGAGAUCUUUAUAGCCUGUUAUAUCUGGAUCUGAGGGGAAACCAGUUAAUGUCAUUACCCUCUACAAUUGGGAAAUUGGUGCAACUUGAGGAACUUGACCUGAGCUCGAACCAGCUAUCCUCGCUUCCAGAUGCAAUUGGAAAUCUUGUACGCUUGAAGAAGUUAAUCAUUGAAACAAAUGAUAUUGAAGAACUCCCACAUACUAUUGGUCAUUGUGUCUCUCUUGUUGAACUCCGAGCAGAUUAUAAUCGGCUGAAAGGCCUUCCAGAAGCUGUUGGAAGGCUGGAAUCUCUGGAGAUUCUCUCUGUCCGGUACAACAAUAUCAAAUCACUUCCAACCACCAUGGCAUCUCUGUCAAAAUUGAAGGAGCUUGAUGUCAGCUUCAAUGAGCUUGAAUCAGUUCCUGAGAGCUUAUGCCUUGCAACUACACUUGUCAAGCUGAACAUAGGAAAUAAUUUUGCUGAUUUACAAUCUCUUCCACGCUCUAUUGGCAAUCUUGAGAUGCUAGAAGAGUUGGAUAUCAGCAAUAAUCAGAUUAGGGUCCUUCCAGACUCUUUUGGGAUGUUGUCACAACUCCGCGUGCUUCAUGCAGAAGAGAACCCUUUGGAGUUGCCACCAAGGCAUAUUGCUGAAAUGGGUGCACAGGCUGUUGUGCAAUACAUGGCUGAACAUGUUGCAAAGAAAGAUGUGAAGUUGCGUCCAGUAAAGAGUAAGAAGAGUUGGACUCAGUUUUGCUUUCUCUCAAGGCCUAACAGAAGAAAGCAUGAUGGCUUGGAGUAUGUUAGCUGAUUCAACGAUGCCAUUUGGGAUACAUCUUUCAUGUUGUUGUUGGAAUACACGAUCGUGAUGCAAGUAGUCUUGUCCACUCACAUAAAAGAAGACUUUGAAGAUGUGAAUCUAAUUUUUGCCUCGGGACUUGAGUAAAAUUCCUCCUGCCUAGGUCUGUUGUUUCACUUGUAUUUCUAGUGUCUUUGAACUUGUGUGAGAUGUAAUAUUAACUUCCUGUGGCAAAUAGAAAUGAACAAAAAUGUAUGCGAUAUUUCUUAUUCUUUACAUUUUCUUGUAGUUGAUUUUCUUUUGUAACGUAGUGCACAUGAACUUUUUUUUUUCCAAUUUAGAAUUGUCUUGUAGUUGAUUUUCUUUUGUAACAUAGUGCACAUGAACUCUUUCAUUCAUUUAGAAAAAAAAAAAUUAGGUGCUUUGGACAUUCAAGAUGAAGUUUACAUGCUUUUUAAAUCAUAAAUGAUUGUGUUAGAUGAAACAGGCUAAUAGCUAGACAUCAUGAUUAUUUAGGGAAGGAAAAUACUUCCCUGUCCAGUCACUUGGAACAUGUGGCUUCUGUGUUGGAUGAGGUGUCAGUCAGGAGAGAGAAGUGAAGGGUUGGGGAUUAGUUUUGAGUCAUUUUAUCAAAAAGAGUUCUUUAGUGGAUUACUGAUCAUGCUCUAUUUUUUUGAGUAGUGGAUGCUGAACACCUUCCUGUAAUUGAUAACAUCAUAUCAACAUCGUCCAUUGGGUAAUGCAAAAGCUCUAAAGAGCAUAUUAUAAAGAAUUAUUACCAUAAACAAGUUUUUGCUACUCUUGACCCGACACCAUAGCUCACAACUGGCCUUUUUAAGAUAAUAGGGUGAACUUUCUAGAUGGUGUAGAAGAUAUGUUGUUGAGAAAUGUGGUUGCAAGAUUUCCAUUAAAUGAUUUAUUAGUCCAAAUAUAACAAUGGAAACACAUGCAGAUAAAAUGCUCAUUUAGAGAUCGUAAAUGCCAAUAGAAUGGGGAACAACUGCUAAAUAAAUCUUACCCUUAACAUGCCACAAAGGUCAUGGUAGAGUCUUCGUUGUUACAAUAUAAGAAUUACUCUUUAGGUCCUCCAACUUUUACAAUAUCUCGAUUCAAUAGUUAGAAUUUUAGAAAAGUUGAAUCAGCAUCUGUUAUCAUUGUUAUUUAUUGGAUUAGAGUUUCAGCAAAUCCAUUUAUGUUGUCUUUAUCUAGUAGAUGUUUCAAUUUGACUUGUUGGCAUAUAGCUAGCAUGUUAGAGAUGAACUCAAUUGCAUAUACUGGACCUCUUGUUUUUCUGCCUUUGGCUAAAUGCUUUCCACCCCGAAGUUUGAAUUGUUGGUCCUUGGUUGGUUGAGCUUAAACACUAAUUUAGGUUUCUGGACUGCUAAUUGACCUUUAGGUUUCAUGGCAAGCCCUUCUUUUGCUGAACUAGACUUAGCCAGAAAUUCAAUACUGAUUCAUAUAAGGGUAUUGUCAAGGUUUCAGACUUUUCUAUUGUAAUUUCGGUUCAGAACGAUCAUUUGUUUUGUUAAAGAUAGUUGGUAGCCUACAAAUUUUCUGAGUACUAUAGUUCAGACAUAACAUAAAUGUCUGUUCUAUUAUCCAUCAAUGUAUUUCCUUCUAUGCUUUGUGCCAUAGUAGGCUAUCAUUCAAAAUCACUGUUAGUCAGCUUUCAUGUUAUUGGAGCCUGGUUCGUACUGGUGUACUAGGAACUUGCAAAUUUGUUUGGGACAAGGUCCAAAAUUUGAGUUGAUUAUCUAUGCCUAGUGACCAUUUGGUGAUCACAUUGACAUGAAAACAGUUAGAUCGAAACUAUAAGAAUGAGUAAAUCUCUUGGCCAGACCUUUUGAACCCAGAAACACCGUUUCAGCCAUCUAUGACUGGCUGGUGUUAAGACUGGUAUAUUAACAUAUCAUCCAGCAAGUUAUUCUUAUUGAAUGCUGAUCUGAUUCAACUUGUUUUCACUUAAUUUAGUUUAAAUUCCUUGUGACAUAUAUUGACUUUGUCAGACCUUUCCAAGCCCUAAUAUUUUAUUUCUCUAGGCUCUUGAGAUUUUUUUGCGUUCCACUUCUGCCCUUCUGUUGGCUGGUAUCACUGUUCAUUUGCAAUAUUACUAUUUCUGAACUUGGUAUGUAGAUGACAAAUGAUGUCAUCAGAAUUAAUUUAUAUUAAAGUAACAUGUUUAUUGCUGCUUUGUUUUCAAAAUUUAUGUUAUUGUUUUUCCCCUUCCAAAAAACACUUUGUUUCAGUUUAAUGAUUUUGGACACUUCUUUUUGUUAAGAGCUUUCUCCAUGGAUUGAAUUAAGCAGAAAACCACCUUUUCAUCCUAGUAAGGCGAAUAUUUGAGAAAUUAUAUAUAUUUCUGUUGUAUGACUACAUGCAUUAAAAUCAUGAAAAAUAUUGACAAGCUUUACUUUUUCCUCUUUUUUUAAGAAAAAGAGCUGCUUGCAUUUUUUUUUUUUUGGAUAAGUCAACUCCUAAGCUAUUGACUUAUGUUUCUCCAACUUUUUGUUGAAAAAAGUUGUUAGCAAGGAAAUAAGUUCCAUUAGUUGAAUCUCCUACUCAUUCAAGCUCCUCUUGAACUUGUAUGAAUAAAUGAUCUUAUUUAGGCAAUGUAAUCUAUAUGCUAUUUUACCGUACUCACAAUUUUAACUGGGAAAUAUCUCAAUAUUUCUGGCAAUCACUGUUGUACUACACAGUCUUAUAUUAUCAUGUUGAAAAGAGAUUUUUCUUAUUAAAAUUAUCUGCAAAAGUUGAAAGCACAGCCCUUUUUUUCCUGAUCCCAGCCUUUAUGAGUGAUUCUGAAGAUUUUGUUGUUAAUCUAUAUUGCUUCUGCGAGCCAUUGUUGUCUGCUUUUACUAAAGGGUCCUGGGACACAACUAUGCAAAGUAUUAACAUUUCCUUCCAGUUAAUGUUUUAUGAAGUUCUACAUCCAUAUAACCCUUGGGCUCCUUAUAUGGAUACAGGAAUAACAUUAGUAUUGAUAUGGCAUUAUUUGGUCCCAUGCCCGUACCACCUUUGAGAUUUAUUGUUAGGGGUACAGAUGUUUUUGAUAUUUUGCCAUUAUGCCCUUCAGUUGUCUCCACUGAGUUAGUCAUUUGCAAGUUUGUUCUUUAGCUUCCAUGGACUACAUGAUGUCUUCAAGUGCUGCAUCCCAACAUGAUUGGAGAAUGUGAUCCAAAAGAUACGUUGUAUAUUGAGUAUAUCAAGCCCGUAGCGCUGUUAUAUGUGGACAAUUUAUGAGAAAAAGAUGGAAAGGAAAAGAAUCAAUCCGUGGCAGAAACCAAGCUGACUUCAUGGAUCACUUUCUUGAAAGGGGCCUGCCUUCUUGUUCUGGAGAUACGGAUAAGUUGUGGUCACCUGAUCAAUUGGUAGGCACCCACCACUAGUGAUGGUCAGAUGCCAGUGUCACAUGAGCUCCUGUGAUCCUGCUCCUUUGUUCACUUGGUCGACACUAAAUCUCUAGCUCUAUCCCUUCAGUUUGGUGCCAGCUUUACAAAACUUUCGUCUAAUGAAUUUCUUAUCCAAGAUCAGCUUCUUGGUAGAAAGUUGGAUUAUUUUUUGGAACUUUAGUUUUUUCUUCUUUUCUUUUCGUCUUUGGUUAACGGUUCUUGUUUCACCUAAAGUGAGAAUUCUGCAGACCUCUCUCACUGAUGAAGGAUUAGUGGAUGAAUUCCUAUAUCUUUUAAGAUUUUCAGAGGGACAGCUGAAAUUUUUAUAGUUUAGAUUAUUUAUAUAUGAAUAAAAAUGAAAUUCAAAUGC